UUCACACCCCGACCCAAAACAAAAACAAAUGGCGCCAUGAGACCUCCGGAGCUGGUCGAUACUCGCUAUUUUACGCCAUAUUUCCGUAAUUACCUCACUGUUAUCGGCCAGGAGAGCAGCAAUGAUGGACGCCUCCAACACGCUGCUCAAGAGACUGUGUUCGCACGUCACGGGGAUUAAUGACGAUCGACUGGCCAGCCAUUUUCACAUGGCUGUAAGUCUGCUGAAUGAAGGCCAUUCAAACGUUAUGCUCAAAGACCACAAUGUAGUUGCCGAUAGAAUCAAACGACGGUUAGUGAGAGAAAAGAGAAUUGACGAUGCUGCACGUUUUUCAAGUUUAAUGAACAGAUUGUUAAAAUCGGCUGUAUUGCGUAAUAAAACCGGCAUCCUCACAUUUUUUCUGUCUUUAAGUCAAGAGAAUAGUGGCAGCAUCAGUACGUCUACUCACACCACAUUUGAGAAUGGACUGUGCAAUGGGCAUGGAAAUGAAGAAGUAUUCCCAUUACCAAAAUUGCACAAUCAACAUUCAGAUAGAAAGGUUCAUCACGAAGGAGCACUGCCCAGCACUCCACCACCAAGUUCUCUUACUUCAGAGGCAAAAGAGCCCAAGUCGCCACACACCCCAGGAAGCAGUCGGGUGUCUCGCUUGGCAGCAAUUUAUAAAGCUUCAGGAGCAGCGAAUGUGGCCUGCGAGACCCGCCAGUCUGAAUCUCAGCCUCACUCCCCCUCCACUGAACAGUUACCACUCAGGCCAGUCACUCCAAAGAAGGGCCUAAAAAAAGAUGCGCUAAUAGACGUAACAGAGAAAAUGUUGAUCAGGGACGUGCUCUUCAUAUUUCAAGGAAUUGAAGGAAAAAUUAUCAAGAUGGAUUCAAGUAAAGAUGGAUAUAGAUUAGAUCCAAAGGUUCGAUUGUCUCCAGGUCAGAAGGAAAUCAUUCUCAAGCUAUCAGAUGUUGGCUGGUUGUACAGUCAAGUCAAGGAUUUCUGUGAGUGGGGAGGAAGCAUUUCAGGAAAUGACCGCAUGGCAGACAGGACUGCUGCUGGACUUGUGAAUCAGUCACUGGUGCUAGCUCUGAGGGAAGAACUCAGCGAUUACUGUAGGCUGAUUGCUCUUCUAGAGGCACAAAUCCAGGAAGGGGGGGACACACCACUUGGGGAGCCAUCAGGCGGCCUAACUCUCCGGCGGCUGGUGAUGUGGACCCUGGAGCCCCGGGCACAGCUCCGAGCCCUUGCUUUCCUCACACAUGCUGCACGGAAAGUGUAUGGUGGUGCUUGCGUCUCCUCCAUAUACCAGCACCUGCAUCAUGGUAACCCAGGUCACAGAGCCAUUGUGUGCAAGGUGCUGACUCGUGCCUCUACACCCAUGUAUGUCAUGCUGACCCAGUGGCUCUUGGACGGUGCCCUGGAAGACCCGCAUCAUGAGUUUUUCAUUGCUGCAGACCCCACUGUGUCUGAUGACCGGUUGUGGCAGGACAAGUACUCAAUAAGAUGGUCCAUGUUGCCAAGCUUUAUCAACAAGUCCCAGGCACAAAGAGUUCUGGCUUCUGGAAAAUCUUUGAACUUCCUACGUAAUGUUUGCCACUUCCGGGCACCCAUUGCAGGCAGGGAGGCCAUCAAGACUGCGCUUCAGCAGACCACAGUGGAAUCACUGUUUACUCAGGAUGAAAACAGUCAAUUAGAGAACCUAAUUGGACUAACAUUCAGAGAAACAUCUUGUCAUGUGCUGGAGGAGAUCAUGACACAACACAAGCUGAUGGACCACCUGCGGGCGCUGAGGCGCUACUUGCUGCUGGGCCAGGGCGACUUUAUCCAUUACCUCAUGGAGAUCCUCAGCCCAGAGCUUGACAAGCCAGCCACCAACCUGUACCCCCACAACCUGUCGUCCUUGUUGGAGACCGCCGUAGCUGCCAGUAAUGCUCAGUAUGAGGAACCAGACAUCCUGAAGCGGCUGGAUGUGAGACUUCUUGAGAUCUCUCCCGGGGACCUGGGCUGGGAUGUAUUCAGCCUCGACUACCACGUGGAUGGCCCCAUCGGCACUGUGUUCACUGCUGAGUGUAUCCGCCAAUAUUUGAUGCUCUUCAAUGCUCUUUGGAAGGACAAGAGAAUGGAAAUGAUUCUCUCAGACAUUUGGAAGGAACAAGCUGCUACAUCCAAACUUUGUAGAGAACUUCCUGAAUUGGGUGUUGUGCUGCACGGUGUUCAGCUGCUCACCCAGGAGAUGGUCCACCUCGUCCACCAGAUGGAGUACUACAUGACCUUUGAGGUGCUUGAGUGUGGCUGGCACGACCUCAUGACCGAGCUCAAGACUGCACAAAGUCUUGAUGAGGUCAUAGCAGCUCACAACAACUUCCUGAAGAGGAUUGUUGCUGGAGCUUUGCUUGAUGCUGAAUCAAAGGAAGUAAGGACUCAUCUGAGAACAUUUUACAAUCUUAUCCAAAAUUUAAGAGCGCUCCAAGAAAGGCUUGCUCACACUGUAUCUGCAGAAGUUAAUGCCCGCAAGAAUGCAGUCUUGGAGAUUAAGGCUAGAACAGAAGCUGGUGACUUCGGAACCUCAACAGAUCACCAGGAAAUAGAAAGGAAGAGAAGAAAAGAAUUCACAUCAAAGGUUGUUCCAAAAUUGAAGUCAGAUCUCAGGAUCAACACUCAGACAUAUCAGGAUAUGGUCCAGUCAUUUUUACUGAUGUUGGCACAGCACGAUGACGAAAACCUGCACCUACUGAGCACUCGCCUUGACUUCAACGAGUAUUACCACCGCCGUGAUCACCGUCUCAACCAGCGCCUCACCUACCACCACAAGCGGAAGAGCAUGGGCACUUCAUUCUGCCAGUGAUAAUGAUUGUCUGUGAUGCCUACAAAGGAGUACUAAAUAUUUUUCUGUGUUCUGUAGAUUGGGUCGAGGUCAUGCCAGCAGCAGCUGUGUAAGGAGGUGAAUAUCACCUGGGAUAUGUGAGGUCUUUGUGGACAAAGGUGAGUUCUAAUGUGAUUGUAAUCAUCUUACUAUAGUGAAAGUCAGGUGUGUAGAGUGGAAAUGUUUAGUACCAAAAGAAAACAGAGGAAUGGUCAAGAAAAAUUCAUGUGAACAUGAAAGAGACAGCCAUUGCCAUCAACCUCACAGUGAAGACUAGUUUCAAGCUAUUUAGCUUCAUUACGCUUCUGAGAUUUUGCCACAUACUAAGCUUCUUUUAGCUCACUUGUGCAGGUUUGUGGAAAGGUGAGUACAAACACAGUGUCAUAACAGCUCCUGCAACUUAGAAUCAGCAAUACCUUCAGUUAAGCACUUCUCUGUUACAAUUUUUGCACCACAAAAUAGUUUAAUCUUGCUUUGAGUGGACAUCAUUUAUACACCAUACUGGGAUUUCGAAACUAGGGGCACAAAAGAGAAAUUACUGGUCAUGAUUUGGAGAGGUUUAUGUAUGUCCUGCAGUGGAAUGAUUAUUUUAAUGAGAAAAAAAAACAUUACAGUAGCUUAUAGUUUUGAUAUAUAUGUUGACUCCCAUGUGACUAAUCUUAUGUGCCUGCCUUUAAUAUGUGAUUUUCAUAAAUAUUUUUUUGAGUAAUGUGUUUACCCCUUUGCCACUAUAAGUAAUGUUAAUGGCCCAAUGUUUUACGAUGGAUUUUUUUAAGAACAGUAGAAGUGUAUUCAAUGAAUCAAGUGUUAUAUUCAAGCUGUUGGAUCAUGUCAGUAUUUUCAUGUUUUAAGCAAAAUGUGUUUUCAUUAAGUGUGGGUUCAGUACUAUCCAGACCCCUCUUUCUUAAAUUUUCACUGCACUAUGAUCACACCCUUUCUGUGAUGCAGAUGUUUGUGGUUAUUGGUGACUGCAGUGAGCACAGAUCAUAGCCAGGGAAUGUGAUCUGAUUACUUGCUGACAAACAUUUAUUAUGAAUUGGCCAUUAUACAAGAUAUUUAAAAAUCCGUCCCAACUUUUCCUAAACAAUCAGUUUUAUCAAUUGUUUUAAGGUAACUAAUCUCCAUAUAGUCACUUGAACUGUGCCUUUAAUUUGGUUUUCUGUCUAGACCACCAUAGCCUUCAGAGGCAUCACUAGAUUCAUGACAUCCUCAGAUAAAAACAGACUAGAUACAAAAGUAUACAUAGUAUCCAUUACCCAGGCAGGAAACCGCAUUGCAGUGGUUAGCGUCCCUCACUAUGAAUCUGCAUGCCUGGGUUCACAUCCCAGUCUGGGCAGUUGGCACACAGCCCACCCAGCUGUUCAUCCUUUUUGAGAUGGUCGAUAAUUGGGUACCUGUGGAAACCUGGAGAAGGUAAACUGCGGUAACCCAAAUGUUACACUGUCCCUGUGGGGGUUAAUGGGUUCUCCCACCACAGGCUCAAAGGACCAGCGGGACAAAGAUGAGGAUGGCAGCCACACACAGCUAUAGUGUAUGCUCCCAACUUUACCAUUAUAUUGGUGUGUUAUCUUUUCAUUAAAAACUAUGAAAAAUGAACAAAUACCAUGCUCCCUUUUCACAAUGGCUUGAUGGGGAGUGAAAAAGGGCUAUGUAGACUAUUCUUAUCAAUAUUCUAGGCACAAAUAGUUGAAGGAAGGCCAGUCACCAGCCUCAACUUCAUAUAUCAUUAAAACUAUAUCCCUUCAACUUGUCUGUUAUGACAGAAAUAUGGAGACAAUGUCAUUUAAUAUAUCAAAUUUGCUAAAUAUAUAAAAUAAUAUCUUAAUCAUGUUUUAAACAUAUUAUUCAAGUAAAAUCACCAUCUUGGCUAAUUUCUGAUACAUUGACCGGAAAUGCAGUUUAAUAAACAACAUGCUACAGUGCCAGUUUCUCCUAUUGUUAGUAAUUAUUUAUUGCAUCUCAAUAUACUCUGCCUUUUACCUAAGCUUAGUCAGUAGCCAGUGCCAAAAUCAUUCCAUUUCCAGCUGUAUUUCAAUGCUGUUUGCCAUUCUUUCUUUGCUAUUGCAUUAAGCUUUAAAUAUAUUGCACAGUACUGUAACUGAUUUAGGUGUUAUAUUUGCUGAAACAUGCAUAUUAGGUGAGGUGACAGAGGAGGUGGUUAGUGAGGCCAGGAAGAUGCCAGGUACUAUUGGAUUACCUAGACUGCAAGGUAUAGUGUGGGAGUCCUGCAUAUCCUGCCAAAAGGUGAUAUUUUUUUAAGUGCAGAUUGAUAAUGGCAAGAUACCUUUGUAAAUGGGCAUUUGUUAUAUAACACAGAAUUUGGUAAAUCCAAAGUCCAAGUUAACUUAAGGAGUAACAAACAAUUAUGAUGAUGAGUGGAACUUCAUUUACCAGAAGCUGUCUUCUAGAGCUCUGAAUGGUUUGGCCUAAAGCAUAUGCUUCUGAGAAGUCUGUUGAACUUCAAAGUCAUCAUGAGGUGUGGGUCUGUGUGAGUGGUGGGUGUGAGCUGCAAAGGCACAGGGACACAUGACGGUGAAUCAGUCGCACUUCAGGAAAUCAUGUAAUCCUGAACUGCAUCUUUAAAACACAAACAUUUUUGUGUUAUGUGGUGACUACCUUGUCAUGAUUUGCCUUUGUAAACUUCCUGAAACAAUUCUAAUUUUGCAAUACCAGUGAUGAUAACACAACAGUUGCAUGAUUGUUUAAUGAUGGCCUUAAGUUUUAUACAUUCCUGGACUUGUGUGCUACCAACCAUUGUAUGUAUUGUACCAAUUUAGUUAUGUAGGUGUGUGAGAUAAGCAGCAAGGAAAUAAAUUUUACUAAUAAG